AGACUCAUUUUGUCUUCUUUAGUUUCCCACAGUCAGAUCACCCGCCUCUACAGCCGAUUCACCAGCCUGGACAAAGGAGAGAACGGGACUCUCAGCCGGGAAGAUUUCCAGAGGAUUCCAGAACUUGCCAUCAACCCAUUGGGGGACCGGAUCAUCAAUGCCUUCUUUCCGGAGGGAGAGGACCAGGUAAACUUCCGUGGAUUCAUGAGAACUUUGGCUCAUUUUCGACCCAUUGAGGAUAAUGAAAAGAGCAAAGAUGUGAAUGGACCAGAACCACUCAAUAGCCGAAGCAACAAACUGCACUUUGCUUUUCGACUAUAUGAUUUGGAUAAAGAUGACAAGAUUUCCCGUGACGAGCUAUUACAGGUGCUACGUAUGAUGGUCGGAGUAAAUAUCUCGGAUGAGCAGCUGGGCAGCAUUGCAGACAGGACCAUCCAGGAGGCUGAUCAGGAUGGGGACAGCGCCAUCUCUUUCACAGAAUUUGUUAAGGUUUUGGAGAAGGUGGACGUAGAACAGAAAAUGAGCAUCCGAUUUCUUCACUAAAGGACUGAGACCAAACUGUUCCUUCAUUUUGAGUAUUUAAGAACUGGAACUUGAGAGUCCUCCUAUCCACCAGCCCCACCUCCACCCAUCAUCCCCCCUUCUCCCAAAGUACUACUGCUGUUGCAUGAGAACCCCAAAUACGGUCUGUCAACACAAACCUGCCUUUGGUGUAUAAACAGGGCAUUACAGAAUGGUACACCUAUCUUGUUUCUGUUCAGUAUCAUUUGCCAGUUAUCUCCAUUUCUAAAUACCAUCUCCCGUGGUUUGCUGCUGAAUGCCACGUGUCCGUCCAGUCUGAGAAGGUGAGAGAGGGAAUCCUGCCAAGAACCAACCAGCAAAGCUCUUUCUCUGGAUAUAGAUGAAACCUUCCCUCCAGCCAGGCUUUGGCAUGCUCCUUCAUCCUUUUUUAUAUGUCCCUCACUUCCUACUUCUCUCUCACCCAACAGACCAUUCACUUUGUCUUUUAGUCUCCCUGCUUUUUUUUAAAGCUUCAGUCCGUCUGUUCUACUUGGCACCCCACGCUAUGCCUAUUAAAUGUGUUUCUCACUCGGCAGGAUAGUGCGGUGGUCUGGCAGUUUUUGUCUACCUUUACUCUUAAAUAGGUCUUUGGGAUGUUGCCUCUGCAGGAGCUUUUCCAUGACCAACAUUUCUCUCAGAAGAAUGACCAUCUCUUGGUCCCUUGCACUCUGCUCUGUCAUCAAAGGGCUGUUGGUUGAGGAUGUUCUUGAAAGGUAGUGGCCUUGGUGAGAGGUGUAGAGCCAAGUGUGCUAGGUGGCUUGCCCAGGUCGCUCUACCUCUGGCCUCUGAUUAUCAACAUAUACACCUAUGUGGCAACUCGUGUUAGUCCAGUGUUGACUCUUCAGAAGAUUGCCAUAUGCCUGCAGGUUUGCUUAGUUUUGGGACAUCAUCACCACCAGAAUGGCUACCCUGCCAAUAUGCUUGGGGCCUUUCUCAUGGCUUUUUGAACAAGGCAGCCUGGGUACCCUAAAAGCCUGGUGUAUCCCCACUUCGGCAAUAUGGUUUAUACCUCAGUGUUAUGUGGCCUGGAAUGUUUUUCACUUUACAUUUCCAAAUAGGAAGAGUAGUGUUAAUGGAAGUGCCUAAUUCAUCCUAAUCUAAGAGAUUUAAAGGUUAUCUUCAGUGUCUUGACGUUUUGUAUAAAAUUCUCUCUGAAUUUUACCCAUGGCUAAUAUUAAUGCUGGAAGCCAUAGUCUGCUCCUAAAAGAGGUCCAAAGUAUUGAAUGUAUUAUUAUCAUUAGCUGCCUGGUUAUGCUGACUUCCUAGCUCCACCUGUAAACCACUACUAAUCUCUUAGAAACAAGGAGUCUGGCACCAGUGGCACAACCUGAAGUGGCAUUACAGGCCUUUUCAUGAUCAGAGCAACUUCUUUGCCUGCCGAACUUAGUAUCAACCUCUCUGAAUCAGGCUGUUGUUAUCCUAACACCCGUCUUUAGGAGUCUCUAUGUCUAUAUAUCUGCCCUUGGCCGAUUUUUUUCUCACUCAUUGCUUGCUUGCUUGGCUUGUUUCCUUGCUUCGGAAGGCUAUCCAAGAAGGGAGUUACUUAAAAACAAAAAUCCUGCAAACGGAUUGGGAAGGGUGGGAAACAGGAGUGGCCAGGCUGGAUGACUCAAGUAUAAAUGACUGAGAAAUUCUUAAUGGAGUAUCAGUCUAAUUUUGUGAUUAAAUGAUGUAAUAUAGGAAAUGUAUAAAUGGGAAGAGUUUUCUGACACUGAUCUGUUAGAGAGGUACUUCAGAGGCUCCUUGACUUGACUCACAUAUUUAAAGUUCCUAAGUUUGUGGCUUUUUCCUCCUUUUGGCUGUAUAGCAAACUGUUUUAAUCUACGGUUGUGCCUUACUGUUCCAUUAAAGUUGUAUUCUUCAGUGCAUCAAUAAAUACUUGUUGGUUAAAACAAAA